UCGCCUGCAAAACGUGAAUGUAGAGUGUUCAGCCUCAGCUUGGUUCCUGCUUUGACAGAACACUCGUAUUAAGUGCCGUAUCUGAAUAUUUUUGUGGAUAAUACGUACUGUUUGUUUUCAGAAUGUCUUCGUAUCAUUUGAGCACACGGGAGCGGCUAUUAGCUAUCGUAAGCGAUAUUGAAAUCGUCGCCAAGGAACUGAUUGAAAACACAAUUGCUCCGAAGGCACAGAAAAUGUCAAGUGCUGACCACUCGCAGCUGGUAGAGCUACUCGUGCUGAAAGACAAGGAACUAAAGUCAACUUUACAGUUAGCUGCCGACCAGGCCGGGAUUGAGCGAAAGAUGGACGCCUUGCGGGAGCAGGUACGGAAGCAGGACGAGGAGAUCAACCAGUUACAGAAGCAGUUAAAGGAAGCGGAGCAGAUACUGGCGACGUCGAUUUUCCAGGCCCGACAGAAGCUUGCUAGCAUUUCCAAAGCCAACAAGCGGCCUGUGUCGUCAGAGGAGCUGAUUAAGUUCGCACACCGUAUCAGUGCUUCACAUGCCAUCUGUGCACCGCUCACCUGGCAACAGGGCGAUCUUCGGCGACCAUACCCAACAGAUAUCGAGAUGCGGCUCGGGUUUCUUGGUAAGUCCGACCUCAAUAUCAAUGGCCACAACCUGCAGCAUCCGAACAGCCUAAACGAAAUGCAUCGAAACACGUCGAGCGUGACGAACACUGGCGGUUGUGCCGGUGGCAGCACCGGAGGAGAGAUUCCUGCUUCUGCACAGAACCAGUUCGCGUGGCAUCCAUCUGGCGAGCUGCACAUGUCGAUGGGGGCUGGCGGCGGCUCAGUUUCGCUGGAUACCCGACCACACAAGGACGCGUCACAGGACGACGUCGAGGUUAUGUCCACGGAAAGCUCCAGCUCCAGCUCAAGCGACUCACAGUAAGGUCAGCAAGUAACGGUGCUGAACUGUAUAGGAUUAAUUUUUUGCUAUGUAAUGUUAACUGAACUUAGCGACUCAAAACAUGGAUUGAUUAUCUUUUUGAAUUACCAAACACAAGGAAUUUCUGUCCGGAGAGUCCGGUUUUGCAGUAUGGCGAAAACGAAAAUGACCUCUAACAAGGGAAAGAAAACGAUCUGGUACUGUGAUUAAAUGCAUUUUCCCCAUAUUGGCCCUUUGAUCGACAGACAGCUCGCCAAAAUUGAAUGAUGACAAAAGAAGUUUUUAAAUAUUUUAAUUACCAUGGUGAGUAAAAUAAAUGUCCUUGUCUUUGUAUGAGAUUACCUUAUCAUUAAACGCACUUAUGACUCGCGAAGAAUCUGUUGUUUAAUAACCAAGAAGUCUUCAGAACUCAUUACUGUAGGGCUCUACAUUUAUCAGGUUACGUAGUUGUUGCUUUGUAAACACCAUAUGUUACCUGUCCAUGUCUAUGGAGGCACACCAGGUAGAAAAAGGCCGUGUUCGAUGAAAAUUCGGUAACUUGUUAACUGUGCGCUCCCGGCCAGUAGAAUUAGCGUUGUUGGCAUAUCAGCAUUGUAACUAAAUCGCG